CUGAAGCGCGCAUGCCCACUGCGGUGACGCCGCGGCUCCAUGUGUGUUGAGAAGCGCAUUAUUUGGCAACAGAGGCGGUAGCGGGGAGGGUAGAAAAAAAGAGGGUAUCCCCUGGAUUUUUAAAUAACAUCGAAUUAUCGGAGCUGAUUGUCAUCCUAAAUACCUUGGACGACCCGCAGUCGACGGAUCGCUGUCGAAUCGACCGAGGGGAUGUCUGAGGAGGCUGUUCGUCAGACACGCAGCCAGAAGAGGGCGCUGGGGAGGGAAAUCUCACCCCAUGAUUCUGAAGCACCUCCCACUCAGUCUGACAGCAAAAAGAUCAAACUAGACGAGGCCGAGACUGGAGCUCCGGACCAGGAUCAUGAGAGCCCAAAUGAACCACAACCAGAACCACAACCUGAAACCACGAAGGAAGAUCAGGACCUGGUUAAACCUCUGGUCAAGCCUGUGGUCCAGCCUGAGAAGGCAACGGAACCAGAACUACCCCGAUUAACAUUACCGUUGGUGUUACCAUCGCACCCGGCAAAAGAGCAAGAGCAGGACCGGGCACCGAAACAGUCAGAACAGAACUUAGAGAACUGGACUGAGCGGAAUGACUGCGGCGACCAGGUAAAUGUGAAGAGUGAGAUGCAUCUAGAUGGGCAGAACCAGACUGUGCGGUCAGAACCGAAGGUGGCCAGCAGCAUGAUGACGUCAACGGAGGUGAAGGCUACCAUUAAAGUGGAGGUCCAGACAGGAGAGCAGGCUCUGGACAUGAGCACCUCUAGAGGGGCCAUAAAGAGGGAGCCGUGUCCCCCGUCCCCAGAUGAUGAUGAUGAUGAUGAUGAUGAUGUCAUUGUCCUAUCAGAUAACGACUCCUGCAGUCCGCCGAUGAACGGUUUGGACCACUUCAAGGAGGUGGACACAGUCCUACUCAUGAAGAGCAGGCCAGAGGAGAGGGAUCGCAUCAUCAAACAGUUGAAGGAGGAGCUGAGGUUGGAGGAGGCCAAGCUGGUGCUGCUGAAGAAACUACGCCAGAGCCAGAUACAGAAGGAUGUGUUGCAGAAGGUAUGGACACAUGCAGCCAAGCCCUCAGGAUUGUCGGGUUCUGCGGCUCCUCCAUCUCUGAUCCGGGGAUCCAUCACAGCCAGCAAAGGCUCCCAGCAGGUGGUGUCAGGUAGGAGUUCAGGCACAGUCAUUCCACCUCCUCUAGUGAGGGGAGGGCAGCAGAUCUCCUCCAAACAUGGCUCCCACAACUCCCAGAUCAUCAUGCCACCUCUGGUCAGAGGGGCACAGCCAAUCGCUGUGUCUCCCCAGCAGAUCCAGUCUCUCCGGCAGCAGCAGCAACAGCAGCUGUCAGGGUCUGGCUCAGGGAGCUCUGGCCCCCCUCCUCUGCUGCUGGCUCCCAGGGCCAACGUACCCGGCUCUCAGGCCCAGAGAGGCCUCAUGCAGUCAAGCCUCAUCAGGGUGGGCAACGUCAACAAUGCCAGCCUGCUGGUUAACAUCUCACAAGCCUCUCCAACCAACAUGAAGGGUUCUUCUAUCUCUUCCCAGUCUGGAAACAGCAGUGUGUCUGUGGUCAACGUGAACGACUCUCCUGCUGCCUGUCAGGCUGCGGCUAAGCUAGCCCUGCGUAAGCAGCUGGAGAAGACCCUUCUGGAGAUUCCUCCUCCCAAGCCUCCCGCCCCAGAGCUCAACUUCCUGCCCUCGGCAGCCAACAACGAGUUCAUCUACCUAGUGGGCCUGGAGGACGUGGUGCAGAACCUGCUGGACUCCAUGAUGAGAGCUAAAACAGGGUUGCCCCCGGUCAAGCCUGCCAUCAAAGAGCCCUUCACCUGCAUCCAGUGUAGCACCGACUUUACUUGUCGCUGGAGGCAGGACAAGGCCAAGGGCGGGACCAUACUCUGUGCUGACUGCAUGUCCUCCAAUCAGAAGAAAGCCCUAAAGGCUGAGCACACCAAUAGGCUGAAGGCUGCGUUCGUCAAGGCCCUGCAGCAGGAGCAGGAGAUAGAGCAGCGGAUCCUCCAGCAGACCGCCUCCCCUGUCUCUCACACCCCCUCCUCCUCUUCCUCCUCCUCCUCUCCGUCGGUGAAGGCGGAGCAUCUGAUGUCCCAGCAGCUGAAGCAGGUUCAGGCCCAGGCUAGGGCCUCCUCUUUGCACCAGCACCAUCACCAGCAGCAGAACAGAGGACAGAGCAUUGCACGCCACCACUCCAACAUCAAACAGAGCCCUCAGGGCCAGCUCUCCCGUGGCGGUAUCCCAUCGGUGGGGGUGAGGGGCGUGUCCCACUCCUUCUCCUCCUCCUCCUCUCAGCUGCAGAGUGCUGUGGCCGCUGCGGCCUUGGUCAGCCGGCCAGGUAAGCAUGCCCAUGUGCGCCCCGCUGCCCAGGGUUCAAAGGGCAGCUCCAGUGGGAACAGCAGCAGAGGUAGCGCCCAAGCCACUGCAUGGAGGAAGCAGAACAUCAACACAGGUGUGACCAUGGCCUAUGUGAACCCCAGUCUGUCAGUCCAUAAGACCUCGUCCACAGUGGACGCCCGCCAGAGAGAGUACCUCCUGGACAUGAUUCCAUCGCGCCCCAUCUCCCAGACAGCUAACACAUGGAAAUAAUAAUCUCAUUCAUUACCAUUAUCAAUAACCAUUAGCUACUGUUGUCAAUGCCAACAAUACAGCCCCCCCAUCCCCCUGGGGACAGUUAUGGAAACGCAGCCUCCAAACUUUUGAAUGCGGAAGCAUUCUCAAUAAAAAAAACGUCUUUGUGUUUUUGUUUCUCUUUCAAGUCUGUUGUUUCUCAUGAGGCUCACCGAUGUUUGAUCAGUGUGCAUAAAGAGCGAUUUACACCGGAGCAAAACAAGAAAUGCAUAAAGGGCUUCCUUCCAUAUGUUUAUCAGCCAUGAUGUCUGUGAGUUUAUGAUGGCUUGAGAAUGUUGCUUUUCUCUCAAGAACUUAUGCUGGCCUUCUGCCGACUGCGUGUUGACGUCUUACCAUGGAAACGAUGGACAGCUCUACCUAUUGGAUGGGAGUAGGAGCUGAUUGGCCCUCUGUCAUCUUAGACUCAGCGAAUGGGAUGCAGACAAACUGUUGGGGUGUGGUCAAGGUGAAAUUACUUGGAACUGUUCAUAUUCAAGAGUACCCUAAAAAAAAGCUGAAAGACAAAAAAUAUGAUCUCCAAUAAACAUUCUCUUUAAGUUUAAAAGAACUGAGCAAUGAUGUUUUCAGUACAUAACCUCAGUAGCAGUUCAUUUGGAAUUUGUUUUUAUUUACAGUAAAUUAUUGGAUGUUUGGGAACUGAUGUCCUGUCAUGAAAAAGUCCUGUCAUGAUGUUGGGGUUUUAACAACUGAACAAUUUAUACUAGCCUCAUACACUUUUUAGAACAUAAAGUAAAACAUUUUUGCUUCCCAUGCAUGUUCUUCAUCUACAGAUAUGGUAUCUUAAUUUGAUCACCCUGUUGCAGGAGAACAUUCUUGCAACUUGCAGCGUAUCUGAAAUGUUAAAAAAGCUUCUAAAGUUUGUAAUUUCAAGAUUUUCCCUUACGAACAUUGUAUCAACUGUUACAAAAAUAUCCAUUAAUUAUAAUUCACAUUUCCUGUUGCUGCAGGAUUCUGUUCCUGCUGUAGGAGAAUGGCUCAAAUUAAGAACCUACAUCUGUAUUUGCAAUUUGACAGAGCUGCUCCACACUCAUGUUUGACAUAAGCAAAACAAGUAGAGGAUCUCUAUAUUUUUGUCUGAAGACUGCUUUGGUUUUCUAUUAUUCCAUUCUGAGUUGUCCCUUCAUAUUUGUAAUAACAUGUCUGUAAAGAGAACCAAUAGUAUAAUAGUCUCUUGAAUUACAUGCUAAAUUGUUUCCAUGGAAGACAAGAUUCUAGAAUCACAAGAGUCAUAUCACAGGUGUGUUCUGAUUACAUCUGUUCUAUAUGUUUUACACUGAUUGUCGAUUUCUCUGGAUCAGUGAAUUGCUUUUUUGUUUUUUAUAAUUGAUCAAAGUUUCCAUAUGUUGGCUGAAAAAGUUAAGUCAUCUAGAAUCAUUAUACUUUUUGGAAUUGGUCUGGAAAAAGUAAUUGAAUAUGGAUAAUAUUUCAAUUGGUUUAAUAUGCUCAAACCUACUGUAUCAAUCAAUGACACUUGUCAUUUUACAGAAUGUUCUCAUCUGGGGAUGAAAGUGAACCGAUUGCAGGUAUUGUCACAAGCUCUGGGACAUCUCAACUUUAGGUUUCUGGUUGCCAUAUGUUGAAGCUGGGUUUGUUAAAGCAACUUAUAGAGGAUCUUUAACCAAUUUGAAAUGUACAAAAGACUGAGGAGAGAAUAAAAAUGUCUAAUAUUGAAAUCCCUCGUUAAUUGUUUUUGGUUGGCAUCAGGACCAAUACCUUGUAUCCCAAACAGGCCUGUGGUGAGGUAACUGGAUUUACAACAGUGCUCCUGUUAAAAAAAUAAUCAUAAUAAUGUGGCUUCUUCUCUUCCUCAACUACAGUCUCCUACUCAUUUUUCAGUUUUGUUUUGUACUUCUGUAAAAGUUCCAUAUGCUCUCUAUGGUUUAUAAAUAAUGAACAUAUGGGUCGUCAAAAUUGUUUGAGAUUAUUUUCAGUGCUAGAUCAGAUGCCAUCAUUGAGAACUAUGAAAAACAAUACACACUGCAGGAACUGAAGUUGGCCCCCAGAACCCCAACUCAACACCGACCACCAGUAACCACCCUGUUUGCUAUUUAGGGUAGCUUGGGCUGUUAACUGUCAAGCGUAACCCUCUCAUCCCUUUAUGCAUAAUACAAAAUGAUGUUCCAAUUUGUUUGGUUUAAUUUUUUCCCAGCUACAGAAAGUAAUAAUAAAAAAUAAACGUAAUUUGAACCCUU